UACUUAUUAUCUGUGAUACUAACCUAAAAGUUCGUUGACGUUUAGAUUUUUCAAGUUUAUUUACUAAAAUCUCUGCUUUGUUAUUCAAGUGGUGUACAAGGACGAGAGCUUAGAAUAUAUUAUAUAAUUUGUAACGUGAAUUAUUUAAAUAUAAUAGACUCGCGUCUCAAAGUUAACAACCGCCGGACGUUUCGAAAAAUAUGGCUUUAAAGUGAAUUUGGUUUUUGUAAUAAAAUAUUUAUUAAAUUAAUUACAAAAAUGUGGGAUAACAUAAUAGAUUAUUUAAAGGAUCCUCUACUUGUGGUAAAAGUGCAGAAUUUCUUCGGAGUAAUAUACAAAAAGGCGAGCCAAAAUGAAACUGAAAAUGAAACAAGUAUCAUAUAUUCCGAUAGACACGAUCGGGAAGAUGAUGAUAUCAAACAACACAAGAGGAUUCCUAGCGACAUCUCCGGGACCUCUCAGUCCUCGUGUGAGACUGAUUCCUCAGCAGAGAGCCUGGAAGAAGUGGAAUGUCUGAUCAGCAACAGGUUUUGGUACUACCUGUUUGUGUUGGGCACGGCUUUGGGGGAUGAGAUAUUUUACGCAACGUUCAUACCCUUCUGGUUCUGGAACAUCGAUGGCGCAGUUGGAAGAAGAGUGGUUCUCGUGUGGACUAUUGUUAUGUAUAUAGGUCAAGGCUUCAAGGAUAUAAUCCGCUGGCCCCGUCCCGGCUACCCCGUGAAGAAGCUUCAGCAGAAAUGGGCCAUAGAGUACGGGAUGCCUUCGACGCACGCCAUGGUGGGCGUGUCCAUCCCCUUCUCCGUGCUGCUGUACACCAUGGACCGCUACCAGUACCCCGUGCCCUGGGGCGUGCUCGCGGCCGUGGCGUGGUGCACGCUCAUCUGCGUCAGUAGAGUGUAUCUCGGAAUGCACAGUAUACUGGACAUCGCUGCGGGCCUACUGCUGGCCUCCGCUCUGCUGGCAGUGCUCAUCCCAGCGGUGGACAGUCUAGACAGCUUCCUGCUCACCUCGCAGUGGUCGCCGCUGCUGGUGGUCGUCAUUUCCAUACUCGUCAUCGUCUACCAUCCGCAGUCUGACAAGUGGACACCUACCAGGGGCGACACAACGAUGAUAGUGAGCGUGUGCGCGGGCAUCCUCACCGGCUCGUGGACCAACUACCAACUGGGACACAUGGUGGCAAGUACCUCCGACCCUCCCUACACAAUCAUAUGGCCCUCAAUCGAGAUGCUCGGCACCUCCCUCUUAAGGACCAUCCUUGGGUUCUGCGGGGUGUUGGCGACGAGAGCGAUCGCCAAAUCCGUGUCGUACGCCUUCGUGUGCGCUCUGCUGGGCCGCGAUAAGAACGAGCUCAGGAAUUCCGAGGACAGCCUCGACAACAAGAACAAAAUCAUAGUGGAGUGCAGCUACAAGUACUUCACGUACGGGCUCAUCGGGUUCAACACCACCUACGUGUUCCCCAACGUGUUCGAGUUGCUGCUCAUCAACCGACCCACGUACUACACGGAGAUAUGAGCUUCGUUCGUUUUGCGAGCGCGAUAAAUGUUUAUCUUAGUCUGUUCGUUUACCAAUUACCAAAUAUGUGAAACUGGGUUCCAACAUUGCAAUUACAAUUGUGUCUUUUUCCGGAAACCGAGCAGAAAGUAAACGCAACUUAAAUAAACACCCAUAACACAUGUUUUCCUAGUGUGCAUGCCAAAUGUUUUUUAUUGCAGAUUUCGGGCCCAGAUAUCUUCUUGGUUUUUUUAAAUAUUAAUCUUUAUAUGAUCUCAUAUGUGAUAACUUUUCGAUGUAGCACUUACACCAGGUGGUUCAAUUAUUUUUAUUUGUUUGUUCAAUGUUUUCUAGGAUGCUGUAGAUGUUGAGCGGCAACCUUUGUCCACAUGCUUGGCAAUUCGUAAAUGAACAGACUACUACUGUUACCUCAUUGUAUAUUAUUCACAAACCAGUUGGUUAGUCAUUAUUUAUAUGAAGUCUGUAUAGUUGUUAUUAGUUUGCACAAAGUUUAUAAGUGGUUGAUUUUAAAGUGAAAUAGUUUGUAUACUCAUUGAUAGUAUAUUCAUAGUGCUUUGAAAAUAGAAUAAUGGCUCUUACUAGAUUCUCAAAGAAAUGGAAGAUCUAUGGCGGUGACGCGAGUUUGACAAUAUCGAUGUGUGGGAAAGAAAAGUUAGCACGGAUUUGAAAUUGUCGUUCGCGCUCUUAACACCUGGGGCUCUAUCCAAGAAGACUAUCCACCAUCGAUUAACACAUUUUUCAAUGGCGCAGUUUGCAGCGACCCUCCUUUCUGAGUCCAAGACCGUGGGUUCGAUUCCCACUACUGAAA